AUGCGCCUGCUCAGCGAGCUUGAGGACGAGAACCUUGAAUCCGUGUUCCCGAGCGGCGGACACGCUGUCGAAAACCUGGGCCUGCUCAGCGAGCUUGAGGACGGAAACAACCUUGAAUCCGUGUUCCCGAGCGGCGGACACGCUGUCGAAAGGAUGCACAUUGCAGGUCUGCGCUACCCUAAAACCUGGCUCUCCAUCAUUCCAUGCGGCACUCUCAUCGUCCGCGGAAUGCAAGGCGGGAACCGCCCCGCAGCAAGGUACGUGACUCGUUCUGAACAGUUAUGA